AUGUCAGCUACGUCACCCCCACCACGAACUCGAUUCGAUCCCACUCCGAUUGAGGAGACGGUGAAGAAAGUGAGAAAGUUUGCCGUCGAACCGGUCGAAACGACGACGAGAAGUAAUAAGAAAGAAAAUAUAGAGCAAGUCGAGAAUGCUGUAGAAAAGAAGGACUUUGCCGAUGCCCCGCCCAAGAGACGCUUCCUGCCUCAACCCGUGGAAACGACACAAAAGUCAAGCAAAGCAAAAUCACCAAGUCCUCUGUCAACUCCAGAGCUUGCUCCCGAGUCCAAAUCACAAGCUCCAGCUACCGCAGAUGCAUCAGCCCCAAGAAGAAGGUUUACACCUCAAUUAAUAGAAACGACAAAGAGGUUCAAGAGAUCUACCACUCCUGGCCCGGCUACCUUACCUACUGAUAAGACUGAUAUAACACCGGGUACAAAUCAUAUCUAUGCGGAGAAAAAACGAAAAUAUAUACGUCCCAUACCCGUUCCUUUAGCACCCGACAAUACGCCCGUUUCAUCUUCUGCAGAUAUCCAUUCUCACGUUCCACUUUCACUACCGCGUCGGCAACCCUCAAUGCGCCCUCACAAUAAUACUAGAAAAAGCACGCGAUCAAAUUCUUACCAACCAGAAUUGGACCCAAUAGACUCGGAUGAGAAUUCACAGGAAAAUUCGGAGAACGAAGGUGAAGAUGCCGAGUCCACACCGUCUUUAUCUGGUUCAUUGGGAUCUUCGGAAGACUCCAUGUUGAAGAUGCAAAUGGCACGAACACGAGAAAGUUGUGAUGAGAGAUUUGCGGGUUACCUCCUGGCACUAGCUGCUAAAGCUGCCGAGAAACAACUCAUGGAACAAGCAUUAGCGGCAUUCCCCAACGAGUCUGCUUACGAAAUUGUAGAGCAUUUCUACGAUAGGGAGAUCGACACAGCUUCCGAAGAAGAUUCCGUGGAAGGUGUAGGCAUGCUGGUGGAUGAUGCUCACAUUCAGGAACUUCGUAGAAAAUCUACAGAGGUUGGGUGGGCAGCGAAAGAAAUGCAACAACAUCAGGAGAAUUUGAAUCGGUUGAGAGAAGAGGAGACCAAUAAGAAGGUAGCUGAGGAAGCCACCGCCCCAACAUUUCACGAUCCCUUUUGGACAAAUGGAAUGACGGAUAAAACUCGACCAAGUGGUACUCCUCAAGAUAAACAAAAGGAAGCUGAAUUGGUUCGCAUGCGUAACGCAGCCUCUCCUCCAAUGCUUGGUGGUGAUUUAGUCUUUCGCAUGUGUCCUUCGCCAAAGGCGACCAAAUUCGAAUCCGAUCAACGACAUGACGUACAACCACAUCGAGUCGAAGAUGGAGGAGGUUUAUGGGGUGGUUAUUGUGUUGCCGAGGAAAAUGAACAAUAUCUCAGUCCGGAUGUUGUCAAAAGACCACAAAUGAUUGCAACCCCGCAUCUAGAAAUGGAUGAUCCGUUUUCUUCCGCAUUUUCAAAUGCAGCGCCACAUGUUCCUGCCAAAUCAUCUGAAAGAAACAAGGGUGGUGUUCAUAUGCUCAGUGGACUCGAUGAUAGGUUAAAAGCCGAGGUUGCGAGGUCAAAAUCGGAAGAUAUGUUGUUGGAGGAGUUUGAUGAUACGUUUGUUACACAAGUUUACAAUUACCUUUCCCUCGGAUAUCCAUCUUUAGCUCGGCAGUAUGACGAAGAAUUGGCAAAGAUCUCUCAGAUUCCGGAAGAGGAAUUGAGAGUAGAUGACAAGAGUCAGAAUAUCAAAGGACAUAUUGGUUUAGUGGCAGUUGAUGGUCAUGUAGAGGAAAAGAAGGGAAGAUCUCUCAAGGGGGAAAGAAGUGAAGGGGGUUAUGGUGCUAGAUGGAAAGCGUUACGAAUAUAUAUUCUGGAAUGGGCAAGACAACAUCCUUCCAUGUCGAAUGGUGCAUCAGCACCUAGUGCUUGGGGUGUAAGAGCUAGAAGGGGCAGUUGGGCGAUAUGA